GGCAUGGCCUGGCAGCGGGCUCCCGGCGGCUCCUCCGGUGGAUUAUCCGGCUCCGGUGGGCGCUGCCUGAGCCGCUGGGAAGGGGGGAAGCGCUGCUGGGGAAGGACAGCAUCCCUGGGCUGGCAGGGCUGCCGACUGGACAGCAUCCGUGGAAUAGCGGGAAGGACAGCAUCCGUGGAAUAUCAGGGCUUCUGGGGAACGACAUCAUCCGUGGAAUACCAGUGCUGCUAGAGAGAACAUCGUCCGUGGAAUAGCAGUGCUUGCCAGAGAGGACAGCAUCCAUAGAAUGGCAGGACUUCUCUUCCUCCCUUCGCAAAGCAAGAUCCCAAACUGUGUCAGACUAGCCCAAGAAAGAACCGAGGAUAUGCAAGCAGCGAUCCCAAGCCUGGAAUGGACUGCUCAGGGAGGUUUGGAGUCCCCGUCCCUGGAGGUGUCCAAGGAACAACUGGACGUGGCACUCGGUGCUCUGGGCUGGGUGACAAGGUGGAGGCGCUGCGGGCGGAGAGCGCGGCCGCAGCCCCCGGGCAGCGGGAGCCCCUUCGGCUGAGAUGUACAGAGCUGAAGGAAUUGGUGGAGGAGAAUACGAAGGCUCUCCAUGCUUUGAAAAAAGCUGACGAGCCUGCGCCGGUGGGGAAUUACAGCCAAAGGAAGGAAGAGGAAGAAAAGCUGUUGCUGAGACUCUCCCAGCAGCUGCAGAAACUCCUUCUUGUCUUGGAUCAGGAUAAGGUGACAAAGAAUUAUCCAGGGGGUGACGAACACCAGAAAGGCCCUCAUGCAGAAGAGGGAAACGAAGAAGAGGAGGAGAGUGAAGAUAAAGAAAGUGAGGAGGAAGACACUGAAGAAGAAGAAGAUGAGGAGAAGUUGUUGGAUGAUCCAAAUGUUAGAGAAUGUGUUGCUGUUGGGAACUUUGAUGCCCAGCAGGAAGGGGAUCUCACAUUUGUGAAAGGUGAAAUCCUGCUCAUACAUGACAAGAAGGAGGAUGGCUGGUGGGUAGCUGAAAAUUCCAAGGGGGAGAGAGGCCUCGUUCCCAGGACCUACCUUGCGGUUCCUAAGGAAGAAGAAGAAGAAAGCCAGGAGGAGUCAGAAGAACACGUAGAAGUGGUGGAUGAAACAGCAGAUGGAACUGAAAUUAAAAAAAGAACAGAUUCCCACUGGAGUGCUGUCCGAGCCAUUGUAGAGAACGACACUGUGGAGGUGCUGACCACCACAGGGGCAGUUCCUGCAGGGUUCCGCCCAUCCAUGCUGUUCCAGCUCCUGGAGGAAGGUGAAGAGUUUCGAGCAAGUUACUAUUUGCAACCCAAGCUUACUCCAUCCCAGCUGGCUUUCAGAGACUUGGUGUGGAACUCUGAGAGAAAUACUAUCCAUCCUAGACCCACCAGAGUGUCCCUGAUUGUCACUUUAUGCAGCUGCAAGAUGAUCCCUUUCCCUGGGAGCGGUGUGCGCGUCCUCAGCCGGCACGUCCGGCUCUGCCUCUUCGAUGGCAGCCGGGUGCUGAGUAACAUUCACACAGUGAGAGCCACGUGGCUGCCUAAAAAUCCUCAAACUUGGACCUUUUCUCCAAGGGUGAUGGGCAUCUUACCCAGCUUGCUUGAUGGUGACUGUUUUGUCAGGUCCAACUCCCUGUCUUCAGACAUUGGGAUCUUGUUUGAGCUUGGCAUCACAUACAAGUGCAAUUCAACAGGUGAAAGAGGAGAGCUGAGCUGUGGUUGGGCCUUUCUGAAGCUUUUCACUUCCAGUGGGAUUCCUGUUCCUUCCAAGAUGCAUGAGCUGGUCCUGAGUGGUGGAACUCCCUAUGAGAGAGGCGUUGAGGUUGACCCAUCAAUAUCGAGGAGAGCAGGCUCUGGGGUUUUUCAGCAGUUUAUGAGCCUCAGGAAGCAGCCUGUGCUUCUGGUGAAAGUGAAGUCACCGAGUGUGCACUCGAAAGACAUCCUGAAUUUUCUCCCUGAAACAUUAGUUGGGGGCAUGUGCUACAUCCAUCUCCUGGUGUUUUAUCGGCAAAUCCUUGGAGAUGCCCUCCUGAAGGACAGGACGAGCAUGCAAAGCACAGACUUAAUCUGUAAUCCUGUGCUAGCAACUUUCCCUCAACUCCUGGAUCAGCCAGACCUGAUGGAUGCACUUCGGAGUGCCUGGGCAGAGAAAGAAAGAACAUUGAAGAGAAUUGAGAAGAGAGAUCAAGAAUUCCUGAAGUCUGCGUUUGUCCUGGUGUACCACGACUCUGUGUUCCCUCUGCUCUGCUCCACGUUCCUCCCCAGCUACACAUGGGCUGAGGAGGAGGUGGAAUUGUCUCGCUGGAAGGUGAUCCAUGACUUCCUGAAGAGGAGCCAGGAGAAGGACGGUGCCCUGGAGUACCUGCUGUCAUCAGAAAACACCCACAGAGCCUUUGACAUCUCAGAGCUGGCCUAUGAUUUCUUAGGAGAAGUGAGAGAAAACAAUCCUGGAGAAUGAACAAUUCAGGCUCUCUAAGGAUGUGGUAACAAUAAAAUUAAAUUCUUACCAAAGAGAUUGUGCAGGAGCUGAAUUGUAAUGGAUAU